CGAGUCGCACCUCCUCAAUUUCCACUUCAUGCGUGUAAUUCUAGUUUGUCUGCUAUUUCCCAGCCGAAAAACGUGACAAACUCUCAACUCAACUGAAAAAAAAAAACAACAAACCGAAAAUGAUCUCCACAAAAAUCUUUUAUUUGCGGUCUGUUGUGAGGCAAAAGGCUGUCAUUUCCAGCAGCAUCAUUCGGUUUCGUACGAUAACUCAAGCGGCGUCGGCCGAGAAAAUACAAAGGAUCGUCAACGACAUUUCCCAGCUUACCCUCCUUGAUGUUGCAGAAUUAAACCAAGUCUUAAAAACAACUCUUAAGAUUCCUGAUGCCCCAGUAAUGGCAUAUGGUGCAGGUCCUGCUGCAGGCCCAGUUCAACCAAACGAAGAGGAAGAAGAAGCUCCUAAGGCGAAAGUUCAAACCAUUUUUACAGUCAAACUCACCAAAUUUGAUGAAACCAAGAAAAUAGCUUUAAUCAAAGAAAUUAAAAACAUUGUUGAAGGAAUGAACCUUGUUCAAGCAAAGAAAUUUGUAGAAACUCUCCCUGCAGUUGUACGAGCAGAUAUUCAAAAGGACGAAGCAGAGAAACUUUCAUCUCUCAUUACUGCUGCUGGAGGUAUUUGCGAAAUUGUUUAAUUUGAGUUUGUUUUGUAGUUGAAACCAAUAAAAAAAAAAAAAAAAAAAAAAAAACAGUAGCUUUGGGUUGAGGUUUUUAUUGAAAUAGUUAAGGAGUAAAUAAAUUGGGGUAAAAGGGGAAACGGAUUAUUGGGUUAAAUACGCACUUGAUCUGGAUUGAUAGUGAGCUCAAAUACUCCAUUGAAUUAUCAACUUAAACCUCCGACUUUAUGCUGAUCAGUUGCAAUUCUAGCAUUUCUCCGAUAUUUUUUCCCGCAACACAUAAAAUUAUGGUAAUCUGUUUUGGUGAAGUAUUAUGUUAACAUCAAGAAUAAACCCCAUAUACAAUUCUAAAGCACUCCAUAAA